AUGGACAGGUCGCUCGCGGCCUUGCUAAGGUCUCUGAAGACCUCACAGAACCCCGAAGAUGCCGCAAGGUUGUUGCCUACGGCUACGAACCUUCUAUCGCGACUGUCGAACCCCUUGAACAUCUCGUUAUUGUCGUCGCAUCUACUGUCGACGGACCUACUAUACCCGCAGCCUACUGAUUUGGCUCGCUGUCGACAAAUAUUUAGCGUCUUCUACACCGCAGUCCUCCGACUGAUCGAGGACAAAAGGAUCCCCUCCCACCAACCUUCGCGCAGUCAUUUGUCUGUACAGGCAUGGAUAAGAGCUGUGGUGCAGGGAGCAGAUGAAGAAUCGCCCAGAUGGAGGCACACAUUGCUCCUUGGCGGACUUCUUCUCGCCGUUCAGUCGAGGGAAGUCGAGGAGCUGUCUUCCCAUCUGCGCAACAAACUCGAGGCUGCAUUGGUGACGGCGUCCAAUCUCGCUUUGCAACAGAAGCAUUCCGACCCCAAUUGUGAGCUGGCUGUUGUGUUCGUCCUGAAUUACACUUUCCCUAUCCUCUCGGACUAUCAUCGAUCGCAAAUUCAAUAUGACCUCCUGUUACCCGUUCUCAUAGACGCCGUAUUCUUCUCUCGUGAAGGCCUUGAACAAGGCUAUUGGCUGGGAGUCAUCGAUUACGACGUGCGGCAGUCUUCUGAGCAGAAAUUCAUGUGGUCGGCGGCCUCCGCUUCGUUUCGAAGGAUCACGGAAAUCAAAUCAAAAAGUCUGGUGUCUGCACUGGGCUCUCUAUCACGAUUGACCGCCCAUGCCAUCGACAGUGUACAUGACCCAUUGUUGAUCAUUCACACUACAGUUCGAAUUUCCACGUUCGCGAGGAACCUGGCAACAUCAUGGAGGCAGAACAAAUUGUCCGAAAUUGAACCAAUGGAGGAGUCUCAGUAUCUUGACCAUGACACCACCAACAAGACCCUGCCGGUUCUUCUUCAGCUCCUCAGAGAUACGAUGUUCGCUGCGAUCAUCAUGCUACGGUCUAUCAUGGGUAGGCUCCUGUGUGACAAGGUGCUUGCGUCUGAUAUCAACGCUCCAGGCUUGGCCAUUCAGAGCAUACACAUCUUGCGCGACACUUAUUUCAUAGCCCACCGUUUUGGACUGACCUCAUCGUCACAGUACAUUUUCGUCGAUUUCACGGCCAUUGAUGUCCUGAGUCGAUAUCAGGCACAGUCAGAGAAUUUUCUAGAGUCGAUACGACCUGUAGAACUAGGACGGAUUCCUCCUCAUCCCCUCGACCGGUUGCACGAUUUGUUCUUUCUCAACACCGCCGAACACUUCACACUCACGCUCUCGCCACGACUGAACCAGGAUCUACUGUUCAACGCAGCAGCACCGUACAUCGACCCUGAGGGUGAUCCGCGACUAGGUGAAAUCUACGAGGCUGCGCAUAGUCUUAUCUUGGCUAUUCUUGCCGCUCCUCAGAACGCAGAAGUGGCCGCAAGGAAUGUGCCCUUCUACGUGGAGACCUUGCUGCGAAGUUUUCCGAGACCCCUAGCAGCUCGGCAGUUCAGAUUGGCGGUGAAGUCUGUUGUCCGCGUGGCAGCACCGCCUUCCUCUAUUGCAGUUGGUAUGCCUCUCAUGCAAGCCAUUGUGAUGGAGCUACUCAGAGAACGCAUGAGUCAUGCUUCGGAAGAUGUGCUCCCUCCCAGUCCUGAUCUUUCAGAGGCAAGCCAGCCUCCUUUGUCGCAAAAGGCAGUCUUUCUUCUUUCUAUCAUUGACUCCUUGAGCUUCCUGCCGGUUCCAUUGCUGGAAGAAUGGCUGCCAGUGACUGCCAAUUUGCUCCACGAUAUUGACAAUCCCGCUCAAAAGCAACAAUGCCUACAACGACUAUGGGACACCCUUAGCAACGGCGAAAUGGAUGUUGAGCGAGCUGCAGCUUGUGUCGCAUGGUGGACCUCCAGGGGCGGCCGUGAACUUGUCCUCUUCGGAGAGCAUCCGGAAGAUCAAGAAUACACCAUGAGUGGUGCUCUACAGUUCGACAGCAAGCUUUGA